CUCACCGCCAAAAAUCAUAUAGUACAUCAUGCGUUUCAUGCUAAGUCACGUCCCCCUGGCCGCACUGGUCUUGGCCAACAAGUACUGUCUCAUCUGAAACUGCAAUUCAGGUCUCAGUUUUGAUCGCAGCCAUCAUCUCUGAUCCGAGUCUGAUGCCCCUUGUCUCACACAAGUGCGGCGAUAUUCCUCAUCACGCUACGCCUGGGCCCUACAAACUAUUGUCCAAUAUUGUUGCGAUAUCAUCAGCCUUAGACUUCAUUGCGAUGCAUGUGAUGAUUUAGCUUCAACUAUCCACGAAAGUCUGUUAAGUACCUCCCAUCGAGCAACCGUUCUGGAGUCUCUAUGAAGUUCAGAGUCUCCGCUGCAGCGCUGCUCUGGUGUCUGUAUCCAUUGGUCACAGUGGUAUCCGAAUCACCUGCCUUCAAACACUAUGGCAGAGCCUCGAGACACUUAUUUAUGAGAUGUAUUCUCAUCCCUCAUCCAAGGUACACACACAGACCAUUGACUUUAUAUCCUAGUAGGACUGAGGCUGUAAUCAUGUCCGACACACUAUUGCAAAAUUCAUUCUAUAUUGGCAAUGUUUUCAAUUCCAUUCUAUACGGUGUGGAGUUGAUGCUGUACUUCAACACUAUGCAAGCAUACUUCGAAAAACAAUUAGAGCACAGGCCCUCAGACAAGUUCUACAUGAUCUUCAGUACUAUAAUACUCUUUCUUAUCACGAUCUUUGUGGCCACGCAGUUAGUUUUGGGACAGGAGAUGUGGAUCAUUAAUGCAGGCUACCCUGGUGGAGCGUUCGCAUACUUUGUUGCCCACGUGUCGGUAUGGUAUCAAACAAUGGGUUCAGCUGCGUCUAUCCUGCUGCAGUUGAUGACUGAUGCUCUACUCAUUCAUCGAUGUUUCACGGUCUGGAUUGGAAAUUAUCGCGUGCUUCUCGUUCCUUGUUGCCUCUGGUUAUCGUCUCUCGUGUUCGGGAUUCUCGACCUCACCACCAGUGGUUCUCCGAAUGGCGAUUUCUUUGAGGGGCUGGCAGCACGCGUUGGAUUGGUGUAUUUUUCCUUGACCAUUGGCCUCAACGUCAUUACCACUUGUCUUAUCUGUGGCCGCAUAAUAUUUUAUGCAAGGUGCAUGCGAAACCACCCUGGUCCCGAAGUUGCGAAGGUUUACUUCACUACAGUGACCAUUGUUGUCGAGUCUGCGCUACCAUACACAUUAUUUGGGAUCACAUUUCUGGUGUUAUACGGUCUUGACAACAAUACCUCGAUUCUCUUCCUCUCGUUAUAUGGCAUGUUUACUUGUAUUUCCCCCCAAAUGCUAAUUCUUCGCGUUGUGAGGCGAAGGGCGUGGAGCGCCGAAACAGCACAGCCAACGACUCUGGUCUUCGCUACUCACUCGGCUGCAGCGCCUUAUACCACCUCCGAAGCUGAGACGUGUAGCUCGGUGGUUUAAUUUGUGCGCUAAAGUACUGCAAGGCAGUCCAUGAGUGGGGACCGGUGCUAUUUCAGUAGCAUUCAGUAGUUACUGUUGUUUAUUUUUAUCUUUGCCAAGAAAAGAUUUCCAG